AUGCUUGCGUUGGGCUUUAAUUUUAUUAAUUAUAGGAUCCCAAGUAGUUUACCAUCUACCCAGCCAUCUUCCCCCGCGCCGCAACCCACGUCGCACUUCGCAUCGCAACCCACGUCGCACUUCGCAUCGCAACCCGCUCCGCAGUCUACAUCGCAACCCGCGCCGCAGCCCGCGCCGCAACCCACGUCGCACUUCGCAUCGCAACCCGCUCCGCAGUUUGCAUCACAACCCGCGCCGCAGAAAGAAGACAAUGGGCAGGUGCAGCAACAAACGUCGCUACCUUAG